AUUUUGUAUUUUUGAAUAUCUUUCUUCUUCUCUCUCAUCUUCGUUUAAACUAAAGUAUACCUGAGAAAGAAAGCCACUCUGGCUGAUGCAACGCCGACGCUUCUCUCAAAACGGCAUUUUUCAAAUUCUCCGGUGACCUAAACUCCGAUUGCGCCAGCAGGGAUCUGUUGUUAAUUUUGAUCUGACCUUCGAAUCAAAUUUUGGCUGUGGGAAACGAUACAAUGGACGAUUAUACAAGAGAGAUGAUGGAUCUCAAAACCUUGGUCACUCGAACCCUUGAGAAGAAAGGUGUUCUCCCUAAGAUCCGGGCUGAGCUCCGUGCGAGUGUGUUUGAGGCAAUUGAAGAAGAGGAUAGAGUGAUAGAGAACAAUGAAGGACUACCUCCAGCUUUGUUGGGAAGCUGCAAUGAUCGUGCAAGGCAGCUUCAUGCUUCUCCUUCAGGCAGGUUGUUAUCUGCAUUGAUUUGUGAAUAUUUGGACUGGGCGCAACUUAAUCACACCCUCAAAGUUUAUCAACCAGAAUGCAAUUCGGCAAAAGAUUCUUGGAAGUCUGAGGUACGUGACUUUAGUAGCAGCAAUGGUUUUGAGCUCAACAGAAAUGGAGAUAGUGGACCGCUUCUUUUAGAUGUUCUUGAAGGAUUCUUGAAGUUCGAGAACAUGACGCAGGUCAUGGGUGGUAACUCAAGGAGAGAAUCUGAAACGGAGUCCUCAUCAAGCCUGGACUCAAGAAAUCCUCCUCGGAGAUCAUCUGCUUCUGAUAGCUUACCUCCUCAACGAAGGCCGGUUUCUGCAUCUCAAGCAUCGGGAACCGCUACCUCAGGGUACAGAAAAGACGAAUACAAUUGGAGAAACGACAGUGAAGAUGUGCCGGAAGAAGUGAUGAGAGCUUCGACGGCACUGGAAAGUCUCCAGCUCGACAGGAAAACUCGGAACCUAACAUCAUCUUGGAGGAAUGUGGGGGAUGGAACAAGUGAAGAAGAAGGGAAAGAUUGAUCAAGGCUUUCGUUAAAACUCAGCUUGUGAAUUAGUAGUAUACGUUGAUAUAUAUAAUGUAUGUGUGUUGUCUUUUUGUUUUAUGUAUGGUUUUAAAUGUUUGCAAAUUGCAACUGGUUUCUUUAUCUUUUUGUUUGUCGUGUUUUUGUCUGAGCAAACGAAAUGGUUUGACAAAGCUUUUGAAAAAAAAGUAAGAUUUAUGGAUAUAAUUUCCAACCAAA